AUGGAAUUGCAAAAGUUGAUCUGGAUCCUUAUAAUUUCAUCUCUUUCAUUCGAUAAUAUCGCUGGUAUUAAAUCUAUUUCAGCAUCGAUAGAUCCUAGAAAAGAAAGUUUUAACCAUACCAUCAGGGCAGAGCAAGAAUUAUUAAAAUAUAUUAAGAAGGAAAGGGCAAAUUUAAAAUGGUUGGAUGCUUACAACUUAUUGAUAGCAAUAAGUGCUUUCAGAGAUAUAACGAAAGAGUACUUCCUGGAAAAUUCAUAUUUAUCUUCACAAGAUGUUAAGCGAAUCAGUGAAAUGAAUGUAGCGGUAAACAUUCUAUUCCAAAAUUCGCUGGAAAAAUUUUCACCUGAAUAUCGAUUAGUAUUUAGUGAAGAAGUGUCCUUUGCUGCCGUAGCGCGUUAUAUCAAUGGCACAAAACCAUCUCUUCCUAUUUCAGGACCGACUCCAGCUAAUACGUUUCCAUCUAAUAUGUCUGAAAUUUGUAUCGCCACUACACUUAGCGGCAGUAUCGGCUCCGCUAGUUGCAAUGUAACAGAGGCUUGUUGGAAUUACAUUUCACAACCAGGAACAAGAAUGGGUUUAGCUGUCAGUCAACUUUAUACGGAUUAUUUCAUUCGUCAGCUUGAUUAUUGUGGAUUUAAAUUAGUUAAAUUAGCUGGUGGAAUACGUCGUCUGAUGGCGGUAGAAGAGAGUUUAUGUUCUAGAAUUUAUAUGGACUUUAAAAAAAUUCUACAUAAUAACAUUUCUGAUAUAAAUAAAGCUGAAUUACUACUACAACAAAUCAUUAUAUGUGGUGGAAUGUUUGGAUAUGUUGAAUUUGUUAGCAUUUAUCCAUUGCAUCAAGUUUUCAAGUAUCAAGCAAGAAGCGGAUGCUUCAAAAACUCCGCUCGUAAUCGAAGAUCACAGAGAAUAAUGCACUUACCCUGCAUGUUAUGUUUAUACAAUAGCGUUCAAAUAUCUUCAUCGUUAGAACUAAUUAACUCAAGGGCGGAUCUUGCAUCAGAUGAGUGUAACUUACAUGUUUCUACCGUUGCUUUCGCCUCACUGGCAACAUCUUUACGAUGGUGGAGCUUUAAACACAUUGGAAUACCACACCCGACAACAGCUCCUAAAAGCAACAACGGUCUAGUAUAUGCAUUUGUUAUUGUUUGUCUUUUGUUGGUUGUCGUUCUUGGUGCCAUUGCUGGCUUUAUUAUUUAUCCACGUUUUAAAAAGCGUAAAUAUGAUGAAUUAUAA